CGGGCGCCUCGCUCCCCUGCCGCCGGCCGCGGCGCUGCUCAGCCUGCUGUUCGCCGGGAUGCAACUGGCCGCGGCGUUCCCCUCCUGGAGGUUAGAGGAAGAAGCUCACACCACUGUUCUGCUCAUCGGGAUCCGCAAAGAGGCCCGCUCACAAGUGCUCCACCUCUCCAGGAACAAGCGUUACACCCUGACCCCAGAGCAGCUCAAAUGGGACAAGUUCAAGCUCACAUACAAGUUGCUCUCCUUCCCCACCAACCUGAUCAACGCCAGCGACACGCGGCGGGGCAUCGCCAAGGCCUUCGCCAUGUGGAGCGACGUGUCGCCCUUCACCUUCCGGGAGGUUCCGGCCGACGAGGAGGCCGACAUCAAGAUCGGCUUCUACCCGGUCAACCACACGGACUGUUGGCAGUCCUACCUGCACCACUGCUUCGACGGCAUCACGGGGGAGCUGGCUCACGCCUUCUUCCCGCCGACCGGCGAGAUCCACUUCGACGACCACGAAUACUGGAUUCUGGGAGACAUGCGCUUCAGCUGGAAGAGAGGGGUUUGGCUGACCGAUCUCGUCCACGUGGCCACUCACGAAAUCGGCCACGUGCUCGGACUCAUGCACUCCAUGGACCCCAAAGCGAUAAUGCACUUGAACGCAACGCUGACGGGCCGCAAGCGCAUCACGCAGGAUGAGGUUUGGGGUUUGCACCGUCUCUACGGAUGUUUGGACCGGUUAUUUAUCUGUCCUGCCUGGGCUCGGAAAGGCUAUUGCGACAGCAAGCGCAGGCUGAUGCAGAAGCACUGCCCCUCCAGCUGCGAUUUCUGUUACGAGUUCCCGUUCCCCACGGCCCCUCCGACGCCGACUCCUCCGAGGACCAAACACAAGCUGGUCAUCGAGGGCAAGAAGCUGACUUUUCGUUGCGGGAAAAAGAUUGCGUCCAGGAGAGGCAAAGUAUACUGGUACAAAGACGGCGAGCUGCUGGAGUACUCCCGCCCCAACUACAUCUCCCUGAAAGACGACCACAUCACCAUAGUGGCCAACGCCAUCAACGAGGGCCUGUACACCUGCGUCGUGCGGAAAAAGGACAAAGUUCUCACCAACUACUCCUGGAGGGUACGCGUGCGCUUCUGAGGGCCCCGUCAGCUCCCCUGCAUGCCGAACAGGACACAAACAGGGCACAUAUUUCAGUUUUUGUCGUUUUUUUUCUCCAUCCCCUUUUAUUGUAUCAUUCGCAUAGCAUUAUCUACUGUUGACCCAUUUUUUAAUGCAAAUGUCACGGACGCUCGGUCAGAGGCGGUGCUGGUGCAGAAAACGCUCCACCUGAAUGUGAAAAGCUGUUCAAGGCAGACCGGGAGGUUUGCAUUUUUUAUUUGACUGAGCAGAUCCGGACAGCUGUUUUGGGAUAAGUACAUCUUCUGUGCCUUCGCCCAAUCGGGACUUCUUCCAGGAUCUUGCUGCUAAAAGAGCCCUGAGGUCAGAGGUCACCCCUGGAUGCAAGGGGGGAGCCUGAGAAGAGCGGAGUUCAUUUAGUUACAAAGUGUUAUAAUCAAUGUCUUUUUUUUACAUAUAGUCUGUUUAAGCUCAUUUCAUACUGGUCGAACUAAUUUGGUACCACUGGAAAAGUUGAUCCGGGAGGAGAGCUCAACUAAAUUAGUCCCCGAAUUUGUCAUCUCAAAUAAAAGAAAUAAAAAA